AAGAGAGACGCAAAGUUCAGAAUACUAGGAACUCUUACAGAUCCCUACCAAGUUCUACCUAAUAUAAGAUCACAAGAUAUAAGAUACUAGGAAUAUACUCAUAACUAUUCUCAAUUUUACUAACUUACAAUAUACUCUAAGAUAAGGAACACUUAUAAGCAACCAUUGGAAAAAUUCCAUUCAAUUCACAAAUCUCAAAUCAAUCCAAGACAUCACAAAAUACAACAACAAAAAAUCAAUCACACAAUCUCACACGCGCCUAAGCCAUAAAAUUCCUCCCUAAUAAGAUUCAUUAAUCCUUAUUAAUGAAAAUAAUAUUUCAAUUCAAAAAGUUUUUUGAAAAUCUUUAAAAGAUUUUGAAAAACAAAGUCUCUGAUACCAAUUUGUAACACCCCCAUUUUCCCUCCCAAAAUAAUACUUGAAAUAGUAUUAAUCAGUAAAAACGUACUUUAUUAAAAUAAAUAGUAAUGCAGCGGAAACAAUAAUUUAAUGGAAAAAGGGGUGUCACCGCCACAUCCGACUAUCUCUUAGCCGAAUGCACAGGCUAAACCACCAUCCAAAAAUAAUCCAAGUAUUUAAGUACUGAAAAUUUCAAAAAUAAUUUAAAUGUCUACAUGUUCUCAAACUGAAAUAAACAAUAACUAGGUGAUUAUAAAUACUAAACUACGUGAUCUAACGCAGCUCUCAUCAUCAUGCAUAACCUUCAUCACCUGCACAAAUAAAGUGCAGAAACAAAACAAAAGAAAAGUAAACAAAAAUUAGCUUUUUAGCUAAGUAAGGCCCACCCAACCCCGUAAAAUAAUCACGUUUGGCGAAAAUAGUUUUAUACAUAAUUAUAACUUUAAAAAUUCAUUUUCUUCCCACAAAACUAAUUUGGUGUUUAAAAUAAUAUUUAUAAACUCUUAGUAACUCACACAUUCAUAUACAAGUAUCACUUUUCAAAAUAUAAUUUAUAGCUAAUCACUCUUUUUAAAUAUACGGUAAUAUCGGAUUAGGGAUGUAUUUAUAGUGAAUUUCCGAAGUUUGAGUUGCAUUAGGAUACAUCUGGAACGCACGCGUGCGUACCUUCCACGCACGCCGUGCGUGACCCUCAGACGCCCCAAACCUUAGUUUUUGCCCCGUUUCUUCCCCAUUUGGACCUCCCCUUUGUCGCAAACACUAAACCAAACAUAAUAAAUGACCUAAAGACCGUGUAAACAAUAUGAAACACAAUUUUAAUUAUUUCCCAAAUUCUCUCAAAUUUUCGGGGUAUUACACACUUAGUGGGGGAGGAUUCUGGGAUUUCAUUGAGAUUUGAGAUUGGUUUAUGGGCGCAACGAGGACAUUGCGUUCCUAAGUGGGGGUGAUUGUAAUACUUGAGAUUUAAUUUAAACGGAUUAAUAGUACUACUCAUACCAACAAGGUGCAUCUCCUUUUAAGGGAGCUCAUCAGCUAAGAACUCCAAAGUUAAGCGUGCUUGGACGAGAGUAGUCUUGGGAUGGGUGACCCCUGGGAAGUUUCUCAGGGCGCGCAUGAGUGAGGACAAAGUGCGUGAAAAAGACUGGUGGCGGUUUGUGAGGACAGUACUAGAGGUUUGGGGGUGAUUGUAAUACUUGAAAUUUAAUUUAAACGGAUUAAUAGUACUACUCAUACCAACAAGGUGCAUCUCCUUUUAAGGGAGCUCGUCAGCUAAGAACUCCAAAGUUAAGCGUGCUUGGACGAGAGUAGUCUUGGGAUGGGUGACCCCUGGGAAGUUUCUCAGGGCGCGCACGAGUGAGGACAAAGUGUGCGGAAAAGGCUAGUGGUGGUUUGUGAGGACAGUACUAGAGGUUUGGAGGGUGUGUUAGAGUAACUACCUUGGGUCAUACGGGCCGGGGUGUUACAGAACCCUUUGGCGUGAAAUAAAGGAUCACGCUGAGGCCGAGGAGUCGCUCGUGAUCUGAGGAUGACGGCAUUGAGAGGUCGUUCGUCGUGAAGAAGACGGUCCCCAUCUUGGAAGGGAUGAAGAGCCCUAUUGCUAGCUGAAACGCCUGGCGCUGAGGAAGCCGAGCUUGAGAUUCUGAGGCCGAGGGGCUGUUCGUGAACUGAGGACGACGACACUAAAAGGCCAUCCGUCGCGAGGGCAACGGUCCCCAUCCCGGAGAGGAUGGAGAGAGCCCUAUUGCUAGCUCCAGACGUCCGACGCUGAGGAAGCUGGGCCUGAGAUGCCGAGGCUGAGGGGUUGUUUGUGAACUGAGGACGACGACACUGAGAGGUCAUUCGUCAUGAAGGUGAUGGUCUUGGAGGCCGUUCGUGAUCAGAGGACAUGACCGUUGGAAGUAUUCAUCGGAAUAUGACCGUUGGGAUAUGACUGUAGGAAAAGGCGUCCACGUGGCGUGUGCUAGUUGGCUCGCUUCGGGCGGGUGUCACCGGUUGGCUGAGGCGAUGGUUCGUAAUGAUGGGGAGGCUAUAAAUACCCCUAGCCUGAACCCAUUUUCUUUGUGCGAUCAUAAAUGAAGUGAAGUUCUGCCAAUAUUUUCUUAGAGAGAGAAAGCCUUAUUCGAUCAAACCCUUACUUCCGAGGUUAGUUCUUCCUCCGUUCUUGCCUUCCUUAGAUUUGUUGUUAGUAUUCAUAGACUUUUAUAUCAUUCGAAAACCUUCCGAUAAUACAUCACAAGAUGUCCUCGGCUAGCGAUUCUCAAGACAUAUCCGGAGAGCCCUCGGUCCAAUCCGAGACGUGGUCAGAUGAGAAGUCAGCAAGUGGGGAGGCUUCAUCUAAUAAUGACUCUGCUGUUGCGGUGGAGGUCCAGAGCAACCUCAGGGCCGAAGCUGAGGCCGAAUGUUUUGAACAGGAGGCGAAUGAUGAGGAGCUUGCCAUCGCCAUUCAAACGAUCGAAGAGGAGGAGGAGAAGGAACGACAACGGGUGACUGUUGCUAUCCUUUCGGCUGUUUCCAGUGGAGCAGGGACUUCACGAGCCCUUAGACCGGUACCUCUUAGAGCUGCUCCUUCGAAGAAGAAGAAGACGAAUGUGAAGGCAUCCCCCAGGAAGAAGCAAGCGGCUGCAGAUGCCAGGAAGCCCAUCGGUAUUCCUGAGGGGUAUUCAUUCUUAAAUAUUGCUGCCCUCGCACUGAAGACAAAGGCUGACAAAGCUGAGUAUCAUCUCGCCCAGUUCUAUGAUGGGCCCUCGGCAACGGUGAUAGAGUCGGGUCCUAAUGACGUGCUUUCCCAUGCUCCCGAGGGAUGCUUUGUUGUGCACAUGCUUUCGGUGACAUUGGGCCUUCGGUUUCCCCUCCAUCCGUUCUUAGUGGAGUACUUAAAUUUCGUGAAAUUGGCCCGCUGCCAGCUGACUCCUAACAACCAUUCCUAUAUUAUGGGUUUCUUGCACCUAUGUCGGUCUUCAUGGGUCACCCCGACCCUUGACCUUUUCUUUCAAAGCUUCAAUCUGUGUCGGGGAGGGCACACAAAUAGCGAAGGGUUCACUACCUUGCAGCAGAUCCCCGAGUGGAGGCUCUUCUCUGAGGUGCCCUCAUCCCACAAGGGCCGGAAGGACCGAUUUUGCUACAUCCGUAUGGCGGAGAACCCUUUUCCCGGACCCCUUCGUGAUAAUUUCUGAAGGCAUCCGAAAGUGGGGAGCGCGGCCCUGGAGAAGGAUGGGAAGAAGAUUUCGGCUCCGCCGGUGGGGUCCGAGGAUCGAGUGACCAUCAAGGAUGCCACCCUCCCGGAUGAUCUAUAUGACUUGGGCUUCCGGCGAUAUCGCCUUCUUGGAGAGCAGGAUGAGAAGUACCCGGUGAUAGAUCGGGUUUAUGAGAGCGUCAGAGGUAGCAACAUGGACGUCCAAACUUAUGCGACGAUGAAGAGGCAUAAGGGAAAGGCCCAUAGCAAGAAGGAGUCAGGCAAGCAAAAGCCUGUGGAUGCCUUCUUUCAGAAGGGGGGGCGAGGUGCCCUCUAAAGCUGCAGCUGCUGGAGGUGAGGUCGGUGGCUCCCAGGACGAUGCGGCCAAGAAGAAGAAGCCUGGGAAGGGGCUUGAGCCCCCGACAAAGAAACAGAAGGUGACUGACUCUGGUAAGCAGCCUGCCUCUGACGAUGUGGUCAUUGUGGACGACCUAGAUGCCCCGGCCCCAUGCCUCAGGAGUUUGUGAAUGAGGCUUUCUUUGGCCGGGAGAAGCUGGAGGCUGUUAUAACGAGAGGGACCUCCGUGCUGGACGCCAAUCUGAACCCCUCGGUCUAUAUGAGCCAGAUGAUGCCUUCGGGUGACAGGUCCCUGCUAGCCCGGAUGGAGGAUGAUGCCCCCGAGUCGAGGAUUCUCCUGAAUAAUGCCUCUAGCUAUAUGGGCAUGUGCGAGCACCUCCAAAGGGUCGAGCAGCUAAGGAAGGCCAAGAUCGCUGCUGAUGAGGAGAAUGUCGGCCUUCGGUAAAAGCUGGCCGAUAUUGAGGAGACCCUCCGGGUGGCAACAGAGGGUGUGGACCAACGGCUGAAGGCUGCUAAGGCCGAGGGCAGGGCUGAGGGUAAGACCGAAGCUGAGAGUGUUUCCGGGGAGGCUGCCCAAGCCGCCGCUGAAGCCGCUGAGAGGGCCAAGAUCGAGGCGAUGGCCGUGGCCGAAAAAUCUGCAGUUGAUGCUUUUGUCUCCGAGGGCUGGAAGGCCGAAGAUAGGAAAUGGUGGGUUUCCUUGGUGGUGGAGAAGAGUGUGGAUGCCUGGGUUGAAGGUCCCAGCAAAAUGUGGUUGGCCGUGAAAGACGACUCAUAUUACCAAGGGGUGAGUUCUUCACCCAGCGCUUGAUAUACCGGAAGCUGGUCUGGCAUUUCAACAUCCCUCCUGAGAAAUUUGAGCCGGAAGCCUACGAUCUCCCCCCUCGCCAGCCAGAUGUCAGAAACCUGAUAAACAUUUAACUUCCAUGUUUAUGUUUAUGUUUUCAUUAGUUUUUGUUGAUUGUUACUUUGGAAUUUACACACUUUUGGUGUAAUAGUUUAGUUUGUUAAAAUACUUGUAAAUUGUUUAGAUUAGGUUUAUUCUGAGCUCAAACAGGUCCAUGACUAAAAGAACAGUUGGUGAACCCCAAAAGUGGAAGGAAGGUGCAAAAUCACAAGAUGAAAUAAAGGUCCUGAUUUUUGGUCUAUACCCGGUCGGGUAUGACCUAUACUCGAUCGGGUAUCUUGUUGAAAUCUCAAAUCAAAUCGGAUCCGAAGACAAACGAACAUGCAGAGAAGAUUUGGACCACGAUCGAGUGUCUAUACCCGAUCGGGUACACCGACACACCCGAUCGGGUACCCUUUCAAAACUAAGCCUGAAAUCGAUCAAGUAUACCUCGGAUAUGAGGUUUUACACAUACUCGAUCGGGUACAAGAACACACCCGAUCGGGUAUGCUUAUAUGAUUUACCCCUUAAUCGAUCGAGUAUACCUCGAAUUUGAGGUAUUACACAUACCCGGUCGGGUACCGUGUAUAUAUCCGAUCGGGUACCCGACCUGCAUCCCCAAAAGCCAAUAAAUACACCCCCUUCCCUUCAAAAUUAGAUCACCAAUUCACAUAUACUCUUAAGUUGAGUUUAGAA